AUGGCGACUGUUCCAGAAGCUGAAGAAUUGGGAUUAACAACGAGAACCGUCGUCGAGGGAGACGAAGAAGACGAGCAGGAUGUAAACAGGCUAGCGAAAUCAUUUAUAGGUUUGAGCUUCUCGGUGAUGCUAGCUCAUCUCCCGAGCGACGCGAUAUCUCUUAUUCCGCGACUGACGUCGGAGGUCAAGGAGCUGAAACGACGGCUCGCGGCGGCGGAGGAGCAAGUCCGUCAGAUGAAAUCCCGGCGCGUGGAGGACUCGAAGGCGAACGCGCGCGUCGUGGACAUCUUCGCCAGCCACAGGAACGCCUGGCAGGAAGAGGAGAAGCGGCUGCAGAAUCGAAUUCACGAAAUGGAGGAAGAGAGGGAAGAUUUCAUGAACAGGAUUAACGAAUUGGAGAGGGAAGUGAGCGAGAGGGAUGAGAUGAUUGGGUUUAUGUCGAGAAGAGGGAUUGAAGAUGGAGAAGAAGAAGAAGAAGGAGAUUUUGAUCCUAAUUCCAAUGAGCGUUACGGUGUUGAUCACCUCGCUGUAUCUUCUUCCCCUACAGCUUAUGAGCUUGCUCCAAGCUCUCAAUUCUGGGCAGAGCCGCAUAAUACUAACCCUUUCCAGGAUGUACAGUACGAAUCUCUGGAAUCUGUGUACCGUAUGAAGCAAUUUGUGCCAAGAAGUGAAUCACCAUGGAAGAUAGAUAGUGAAGCAACAGGUGUUUCUGCGAAAUUGAGGUUACUAGAAGAGGAAUUAGUAAAUCUUGAGAAAGUUUGUCGUAAUGACAUUUCAAAGGUUCCAUCUUUGUUAAGAAAACAAGCGAAGAGGUAUCAAGCUCUUGCAGGGAAGAUCGAUGAACUAUGCAGAAGAAUGAGUAGUGAUCCUUGCGAUGGGACGCUUGGACCCGAGUUCAGGACACAGAGACAAACCGAGUUUCUGCUCGAGUGUUUCCGACUUCAGCAGCGAGCAUCAGAGACAGGGCAGAAGCUGGUUGCGUUGCAGACGGAGAUCACAAGAAGCAGUCAAGGAGAUCAACUAAACCAAGCCAAGAUGAAAACAAGCAGGUCACUGGAUUUGAUCAAGAACAACUUGAAAGAAGUACAGAGAAACCUAGAGAUUUGGCUUGCUAGGAUCAUUGGAGAUCUCGAAGGCAUACUUGCUUCACGUGUAAGAGAAUUCUACGUUGCUCGAUACCCUUUUGUUCAGUAG